AGGAGGCGGGGACAGGGCCCAGAGGCGGCUGACGCCAUCCGGGCCAGGAAAGUCCAGCCGGGUCCCAGCCGGGUGGCUGGCCAGAGACUGACGGCGCGUCCAGGCGACCAGGAGGACCGAGGGUACGGGAGGACGAGGAACCACCCAUCAUGGCAUCGGAGAGUGGAAAGCUAUGGGGUGGCCGCUUUGUGGGUGCAGUGGACCCCAUCAUGGAGAAGUUCAAUGCAUCCAUCAACUAUGACCGGCACCUGUGGGAGGUGGACGUGCAGGGCAGCAAGGCCUACAGCAGGGGCCUGGAGAAAGCGGGGCUCCUCACCAAGGCUGAGAGGGACCAGAUACUCCACGGCCUGGACAAGGUGGCUGAGGAGUGGGCCCAGGGCACCUUCAAACUAAACCCCAAUGAUGAGGACAUCCACACAGCCAACGAGCGGCGCCUGAAGGAGCUCAUCGGGGAGACCGCAGGGAAGCUGCACACAGGACGCAGUCGCAACGACCAGGUGGUCACAGACUUGAGGCUGUGGAUGCGGCAGACCUGCUCCUCACUCUCGGCCCUCCUCUGGGAGCUCAUCAGAACCAUGGUGGAUCGGGCAGAGGCGGAACGUGACGUCCUCUUCCCAGGGUACACACACCUGCAGAGGGCUCAGCCCAUCCGCUGGAGCCACUGGAUCCUGAGCCAUGCCGUGGCCUUGACACGGGACUCUGAGAGGCUGCUGGAGGUACAGAAGCGGAUCAACGUCCUGCCCCUAGGGAGCGGGGCCAUUGCAGGCAAUCCUCUGGGUGUGGACCGGGAGCUGCUCCAAGCAGAGCUGAAGUUUGGCGCCAUCACCCUCAACAGCAUGGAUGCCACUAGUGAGCGAGACUUUGUGGCUGAGUUCCUGUUCUGGGCUUCACUGUGCAUGACCCACCUCAGCAGGAUGGCUGAGGACCUCAUCCUCUAUGGCACCAAGGAGUUCAGCUUCGUGCAGCUCUCUGAUGCCUACAGCACUGGAAGCAGCCUGAUGCCUCAGAAGAAAAACCCAGACAGCCUGGAGCUGAUCCGGAGCAAGGCGGGGCGAGUGUUUGGGCGGUGUGCCGGGCUCCUGAUGACCCUGAAGGGACUUCCAAGCACCUACAACAAGGACUUACAGGAAGACAAAGAAGCCGUGUUUGAAGUGUCAGACACCAUGAGUGCCGUCCUCCAGGUGGCCACUGGUGUCAUCUCUACACUGCAGAUUCACCGUGAGAACAUGGCACAGGCUCUUAGCCCAGACAUGCUGGCCACUGACCUUGCCUACUACCUGGUUCGCAAAGGGAUGCCAUUCCGCCAGGCCCAUGAGGCCUCUGGGAAAGCUGUGUUCAUGGCAGAGACCAAGGGGGUUGCCCUCAACCAGCUGUCGCUGCAGGAAUUGCAAACAAUCAGCCCCCUGUUUUCGGGUGACGUGAGCCGCGUGUGGGACUACGGGCACAGCGUGGAGCAGUACGGCGCCCUGGGCGGCACAGCGCGCUCCAGCAUCGACUGGCAGAUCAGCCAGGUGCGAGCUCUGCUGCGGGCACAGCAGGCCUAGGCUCCUCCCGCACCUGCUUCCAAAUAAAGUGGGCCCAGAGGCCACUGCGCCUGUUUCCUGCCCCAGCCUGUCCUCAUUGGUGUGAGCUUUUGGGGUCUGUUGAGGACCAAAGUGGGGCCACAAAGGAAGUGGAGAAACUGAGUGAGGAUGGGGAGAAUCGGGAAUGGGGAGGGGUCGGGCCUCUCAUAAUAACUUCUGUUCUGUCCAGGCCCUACCCCUUCAUCGCAGGGUAUCCCUUGGGUGUCCUAGGCAGGUUUGUCCUCCUUGGAACCCCAGUGAGCCCUGAUGGACGUAGCUGGCCGUCACUGCCCAUCUCCCUUCCUGCCCAGCAUCCCCUAGGUUUCCCGUCUUCCUUCUCCCCCUACUUCACUGGCCACUCACAGGCCCAUUCAGGGGACUCUCGGGCAGAGGCCUGUGCCAGGAUUGUAGGGGGAAAUGCAUGCCCUUGUAAGGUGCGUGGUAAAUUUGGUGGAAAACCCAGUCCUCCAGCUAGCACGGGAUGCCAGACACUAGCCUCAUACAGGGGCGAGGAGGACACCUCCUCCUCUCCUGAGAGUGAUGUACAAAUAAACUCACACUGACCGUGA